GCCACCCAUUCGUAACGACUUAUUCAAACGCAAAAAGUCAAGCAUUUUCCGCGCAACUUUUUCUGCAAAUCGUGAAUUUUAUGUUUUCCGCAGAUUCGUCGCAAAAUUCCGCACGCAAAAUCGCCGCUUUCGUGGCCGCGCCUAGUUGUGUAAAGUGACCUUUUCCUCCUGCGAAGUAGGACCGCCAGCAUGCCGAGCGAAAUCAUCACCCUCCAGCUGGGCCAGUGCGGCAACCAGAUUGGGUUUGAGUUUUGGAAGCGGCUUUGUUUGGAGCACGGCAUUUCGCCGUCCGGCGUGCUGCAGGACUUUGCCACGGACGGGAUCGACCGGAAGGAUGUGUUCUUCUACCAGGCGGACGACGAUCACUACAUUCCGCGGGCGGUGCUGCUGGAUCUGGAGCCGCGGGUGAUCCACACGAUCAUGACCUCGCCGUAUGCGAAGUUGUACAAUCCGGAGAAUGUGUAUCUCUCGAAGGACGGUGGUGGAGCGGGAAACAACUGGGCUUCUGGGUUCAGUCAGGGGGAGAAGCUGCACGAGGAGGUGUUUGAUAUCAUAGAUCGCGAGGCGGACGGCAGCGACAGUUUGGAGGGGUUCGUGCUGUGUCACUCGAUAGCUGGAGGAACUGGGUCCGGAAUGGGAUCGUACAUCAUGGAGCGCCUGUCGGAUCACUUCCCGAAGAAGCUUGUCCAGACGUACAGUGUGUUUCCGAAUCAGGACGAAAUCAGCGACGUCGUCGUGCAGCCGUACAACAGUCUGUUGACGCUGAAGCGGUUGACGAGCUGCGCCGAUUGCGUGGUCGUGCUGGACAACACCGCGCUGAACCGGAUCGCAACGGACAGGUUACACCUGGAGAAUCCCAGCUUCACCCAGAUCAACACGCUCGUGUCGACGAUCAUGUCCGUCAGCACAACAACCCUGCGAUAUCCUUCGUACAUGAACAACAACCUGAUCGAACUCAUCGCCCCGCUAAUUCCAACUUCCCAGCUGCAUUUCCUCAUGACCGGUUACACUCCACUCUCAACCGAUACGGACACCGUCAGCGUACAAAAGACCACCGUGCUGGACGUGAUGCGGCGUCUGCUGCAGCCAAAGAACAUGAUGGUCUCCACCGGCCCGGACAAGACCAACCACCACCGCUACAUCUCCAUCCUGAACAUCAUCCAGGGCGAGGUCAACCCGACCCAGGUGCACAAAUCGAUCCAGCGCAUCCGCGAGCGCAAACUCGCUCAGUUCAUCAACUGGGGACCGGCCAGCAUCCAGGUCGCCCUGUCUCGGAGCAGCCCGUACGUCCAAAGCACCCACCGCGUGUCCGGCCUCAUGCUCGCGAACCACACCAGCAUCUGCUCUCUCUUCGAGCGCGCCCUCAACCAGUACGACAAACUGUGCAAACGAGGUGCCUUCCUCGAUCAGUUCAAGCGCGAGGACAAAUUCAAGGACGAUCUGAGCGAGUUUGACGAAAGCCGCGACGUCGUGGACGCGCUCGUGCAGGAGUACGAAGCGGCCACCCAGGCCAACUAUCUCAGCUGGCACGCUAAAAAAGCGACCGGUGAGUAAGCGCCCGAGAGAGUCUUCCCCCAUUUGUGAAUCGUUGUGCCAGAUGAUGUUACAGCAUGUUUUCCUAUGUUCAAUUGUUGCGCACAAAAAUGUCGUCGCCACCCGUCACAAACCCCAGUUAUACGCUUAAAAAUCAGCCUGUCUUGCUCUCUCUACCUUGAAGGUAGCAGGGGAACUCUCGAAUAAACUAACCAAGCACAAA